UAGCGAUCGAAGAAGACGACAAAGCAACGCUCGAGGCUGACCCGUAUUUUGUCGGUUCGCUCGCUCCAGACGUUUUAGCUUAGCCUCUCGGACAUGGCUGACAAAAACAACCGUAAGACGGCGCCGUCCCCCAGAAUGACUAGCAGUCGCCGCACCUAUCAGAACAGGGCGCACAAGUUGGCCACCCUGUUCGUGAUGACGGCCGGAAGCGCCAAUGCCACCCAGUUCUCCACGAUGUUUAUCGUCUACGGAGGAGCGCCGUUCCUGCUGGCGUAUCUGGCGUUCCUCGGUUGCGUAGCGUUCCCCGUCCUUCGCCUGGAGAGCAACCUGGCGCAAUUCGCCGGAGACGGGAACACGGGCAUCUUCAGCACAGUUCCGUUCUUCAUAGGUGUGGGAUACUCGAUGACCACGUAUGCGCUUGCGCACGCGGUAGCCGACACUGUGCCGCUGUCGGACGCCCUGGCGCUGCUCUCGUCCUGGACCAGGUCAUUCGACUGGCAUCACGACUGCCCCGGGGGAUGGAUGACGCGCAACCUUUCUUGCCACGCCAUCCGACGCGGCUCGAUACCCUGCAAGCUGGCAAGGGAACGCCUGACGCACAUAUACCACCGAGUAGAGCUCACAGAGGGCGUUCCGCUGGCCGGUAAAGAUGGCGUCAAGCUCGUGCCGGCGUCGUCCUACGAGCAGUCAGGCGUCUGCAUCCCGGACUUGGCAGACACUGCGCUGCCGUACGAUUUCCGCCGACACUCUAUAUGGGAGCAGACCUCGUACGACAUGACACGAGCUGAGCCCGUUUUCGCCAUCGCCGCCAUAUGGCUGCUGGUGUUCGCGAUCGCUCACAGGGGCCUCCUCAGGCUCAAGACGUGCUUCUACGCUUUCGUUCUCCUGCAACUGGUGUCCACGCUGAUGCUGCUGGUCCGGGCUUCAACGCUGGCCGGCGCUACCCGAGGGCUACGCGCACUGAUGCUCUCCAACUGGAGCUCCGUGACCAACUUGGAGAUGUGGUCUCACGCCCUGUACGUGUCGUUGGAGAGCGUGGGCGUCACUGGGACCAUCUACAUGGGCAUCGAACGACUGAACUGCUUCGGGAACAGAUUCCAAGAGGACGUGAUGUUCGUCCUGGUGGCGGACACGGCUAGCAAGGGCAUCGGCACGGUCGUCUCGUUCCUAUUCCUGGGCCACCUGUCGCACACGACGGGCAUCGGCGUGCACAUGCUAGUGGACGCAGAUUUCAACUUCAUCGUGAGCAUCACUCCCCAGGCUGUCAGUCUGGUGCCGCACCCGGAAUUCUGGAGUCGCGUCCAUUCACUGUGGGUGGUUUCGAUGAUGCUGCCCAAAUUUCUCAUUGUGCCCGACAUCAUCGUGGAGUUGCUGUCCGUGUCGUUUCCGCCGAUACUGGUCAACAGGAGGGCGACGCAUUUCAUCGUCUGCGCCUUUCUGUUUCUCUUGAGCAUCGCCACCAGCUUUCCCGGCGGUGCCAAAGUGGUUGCCGUCGUGUCGCAAAGUCAAAGCGAUGUGCGCUUCUUCCUGCUGGCACUCGAGGUCCUUGUCAUCCUUCAGUUCUACGGUGUCAGGAGGCUCGGCGUCGACUCUAGGAUUAUGACGAACGAGGAUCCAGGCGGCUUUGUCAACGUUUGUUGGACGUCGGUUACGCCAUUGACUCUUAUCGCUUUGCUUUCGGCCAAGCUGAUGCAAGGUCCACGAGAGAAACGGUACCCGCCAUUUAUUGAAGGCGCCAUCUUUUGGCUGGAGGCGGUGGAAGUCAGCUUUAUUCCAGUGUACGCCGUCGUGUUCAUCCUGUGCACAGGACUGAGCCUGCGUGACUGCCUGGUCCCCCUACCCACGUGGACGCCCGUAAACUGGGAGCUGUCCAUGCUGUACCGGCAGCAUCUUGUCGUCGAAGGAAUGGACUCACGCCAGCUGGAGGAAAAGGAAACGGUAUCGCCGAAUGCAGCAGCCUCGCCCGCUGCUUCGCCUAGUCGUCCUCUUUCACCGCUGUCCGAGUCAUCGUCGUCGUCAAGCGGUCUACUGGGGACGCACCUGAUCCUGACCAGCGAGGCGAAGAUCAGCCCGGCGACCAGCGACUGGCGCUACGACAGCUCGGACGACGGCAACGCACAGCCGCCCGUGAAGUGGCGCUCUCCUCCCGAUAAGGUCGUGCAAUGUUCCGGCACCGUCCACAAGUCGCUAAGCCUGAGCGCCGUCUGGCGUGCGGUCAAGUCCGACGCCGCCUCGCCAAAGCCGGCGCGCACGAAGGGGCCAUCGCCAGCUCGCACCUCCUCUCCGCCGCACGGGGCGCAAUUCGAGGGAGACGCGUCGGCAGUCCUGGCGAAGUUGCCGCUCGUUCCCAAGAGCGACGCGGGACCCACGGCCCCUUUUUUACGAGCUGCGCCAGCCGACGGCGCGACCCGCGUGGAUAGCGAACCGCUUGAAGAAUUGCCGGUCGACUCCUGCAUGCCGGACCGCGCCCAUGAUGCGGCGGGAAUUCCCCAGCAGAUGCAGUCACCUCCGCAAGUACCCUCGCCGUGUCGACUGUUACCCGAUGCCGCUGCACCCUCUGCUGCGGACGCACACGGAUCAGCACCUGGACAGCAGCUGGCCACUGAGGAGGAGCAUCUGCCGGCGCCGAUCGUUGCGGAACUUUCCGCUUUCCCGACGGCUCGACCUGAGGAUGCACCUAAAUCGGGAAAACCAGAUCUUGCUGUGAAGCCCAUAAAUUCUGUAUGUGGACACGGUGGCACGGUAGCCAAAGGGCAUCACGGUCAUGGGAAGCUUACCGCUUCCGUAUCACCCCGAAGACUUGCGACGAGGAAGGCGUCGUCGUCGCCAAAGACCGAAGAUCGCCGGUGUUCCUGCGACGCCGGCGCUCUUUUCCCAACGUCACCGUUGCUACCAAGCUCAAGCAAGAAACCGACAUCCCCCGCUGGCGUCGGGUCUGCGCCCGAACAAGCUCCGGUGCUGAAGAGACGUCUUGAGUCGAGUCCCAAGCGACUGGGCAAGGAUGCGAAGACCGCAGUCACCACCAAGGGUGGAAGGAUCAAGUCGCCACUGGAGAUGACUCGGAACAAGACUGGGGCUCCCGAGGGUCCUUCGGCGUCGAAGGUGCCGAAGACCGAAGAUCUGCGGUCUUUCUGCGACGCCGGCGUUCUUUCCCCUACGUUGUCGCCGCUACCGACUUCAGUCGCGUUAUCGACGUCCCCCAGUGACGCCGUAUCAACGCCCGAAUCAGCACCAGCGCUAAGGAGGCGUCCCGAGUUGGGUCUCAAGCAGAUGGGCAAGAAGGCGACGGGGGUGGUCACCCCCAAGGGUGGAGAGAUCAAGUCAGCACCGGAGAAGGCUCCGGGCAGGAAGGGAACUUCCCACUCUCCAGCGGCGCCCUCGUCCGCUCCAUCCAAGGUUAAGCACGGUCACAAAGCCGCGAAGUCCCGUAAGAAGACGGCAGGGGCCAACGCGCUGUUGCCGGCAUCCAAUUCCAUGAGCCCUUCGCCUGACAAGGCCUCCAAGGCGGCGAACCACAUGGCGAACCAGACGACGACGGCAAAAGCACUGGCUUCGGAUGGGAAAACAGCGAACAGAAGAGCGUCGGCAUCGAUGGCCGCACUGCCCAGUGAAAAAAAAGCGGCGUCAGUAUCGCCUGCUCGCAAGAUUCGGCAUCACAGGCACAAGAGGCGAGAGCACAUGAGGUCCGGGGCUCCCUCGCCGAAGACGCCGGUAAAGAGAGCACAUUCUCCGAAGCCAGCGGAAGGCAAGCCGUCUGCGCCUAGGCUUCCGACCGCGACACCACCUGGUACAGAAAGGGGCAAAAAAGGAGCGCCCGCCAUUACGGUUCCGUCGCCCGCUUCGAAGGCCAAGACAAUAAAGACGCGAGGUCAGAUAUUUACUCACAAGGGAAAGCCGCACGACGACCACGCAUUUUCCAAGGCCGGGUCGUCGAAGGCCUCGGAGGGCGCUGCGAUCACCUCGCCGACCGAAGGCGGCCAGUCUUUGAAGGAGCGGCCUCCCACACUGCCAUUAAGCAGCUCGAUGUCUGCCAUCGUGAGCGAGACGGAGGACCUAAACCGCACAGGCGACAAGCUUUUGGAGCUUUUGUCGCUGCUCGAGUCAACGUCUACGCCGCGACAGUCCGGGCGCGACGUCACGAAAACGCGCGACUCCACCGGAAAGUUUGCCGUCGCUCGAGCAAGCAGGGAGUUUCAGGCAGGAGCGAAAGAGCCAACAAGCCUGCCACCACGUGCCGUCCAGGCACCGACUGCCAACGAGCCACACGACGGCCAGUCAGCGAACGCCCUGGAUUCGGGCAGUCGUGUCGGCGCUCCUCGGCCUUCCACUACGUCAGCGACUGCAGUGGAUGACGUAAGCGGCGUCCUCACUGGUCGCUCCGAUGAUCAAGCCGCACGCUGCUUUGACGUCAAUGUUCCCGGGAGGGCGCCAGUAGCGGAUGACCAAUGUGGUCGCGCCUUCGGUUCAGGUUUAGCGAACGGCAAUGCCAAAAUUGGCCGGGCCCUAGUUACCGUAAAUAUGCCUGAUGGAAAUGCUCGCGAUCGCACUCUGACAUUAGAUGGUGACGCUAAUGCCCCGCGGUCUUCGGUGCCAGCAGAUGACGUAGGCAGUGACGUUAUGGGUAGAACCAAAGAUGAUGACGAAAACCAAGCCAAAGCUGCACAACUGCCGUUGGCUGCGAAUGAGACGGCCGCCAUUCUGCACGCCCAGGCAUUGGAUAGCUUCGCCGAUGUUUCACGGCCUUCGGCGACCGUGGCGGAUGACGCGGGGAGUGGCGCCGUUGGUCUAGUUAUAGGCGAAGCCAAAAAUCAGCCUGAUGCACCGGCUACCACAGGCGUCCCGGCUCCGCACAGCCACACUGACCUCCCGCCUUCUACGUCAGCUGCAACAGGAAGUGACGCAACCAGUGGUGGAGUCGAGAGAGCUGAAGCCAAAGUCGAAGCCACCAAGAAAGUCGACGACACAACGGCUCGCCCCUCGCUCCCUAGGCGUCGCAAUCGCAAAGGUAGAAGCCGGAACCGAGCGAAAUGAUGGCUACUGCGUAGAUGUUGCCUCGAGCGACAGCAUGGCAAUGUGCACAUUUUACGAAGCUGUCGCGACUUAGAACCCGCGGCCUUUCUCAGGAACGUUCUCUAGUGAUCCCGUGAACCAAGUUUGUAACGGCGUCAUUUCGACGAAGCAAAUGUACUGUACAUGGCGAUUUGACGAUUUUUCGCAGGGCGAUAUUUCAACAUGCGUGAUAUCGUUGCGCUGAGUUUCGAAGCGGAUUAAUCUGCAGAGUUGUUUAUCACUGCCCGGACCUUGUUCAUUAGCCUAGACAAGGACAUUUUUUAAACGCGAAUGCCAGUGAAACCACGCUUUAGUUACGAAAAACAGCAUAAUGACUUUACUUUUUGUGUUUACUACAUUGCUUUAAUACCAGUAGGACCAUGCACAACUGGUAGUCAAAGGGCAGCUCGUUACCUUAAGUAGGCUACAUGCGUGAGACGCUACGUGCUAUCUUUCGCUGUUAGUCUUUAGAUAGGUCUCAGUCGCAUGCAUCGACGCAGCUUGUGCUACAAAAUGACGUUCUGAGACCGUGGUGUGUGUGUGGGGCUCGCGCCCUUUGUGGCCUGUGAGAUCGCAAGUAACGUUCAUUGGCAUUGCGCCCAUCUUUGGAUUUUAGUGCGUCAGGUACCGACCCUAAAUUCUGCUUCGGUGUGGGCGUGGCAGCCCUAUGAGAGAAAACAUUGUAACUUCCAUAUCUGAUAGCCCCAUAUCAGUUAUUGGAGCGUACAGAUCUUUGUGUACAGGAACACAUGCGAUAUGGGAACAAUAUAUCAGAGCUAAGAAGGAUACCAUUUUUGACAAUACAUACAUGGUAUGAUCAAAUUCACAGGUAUAUAACCCAUGAAUAUGGUGAGCUUUGCCCGCAAGUUAGCGAGACAGAGAUACGACAGCUUGAGCAGGAAAGGGACAACGUUGAAGACAGUACGCGAUUAUUUUACCAUGAGAGGCGUUGGUCGAAUAGCGCAUAACUUCUUUGUGAACACUUAAGAGCUGUGAAAUACCAGGCAAGUGUGUCCUUCAGCGCGUAGAUUGGAAGUAAAUUGAAAUGUUCUGUACUGAUAUACAGUACUUGAAAUGUUAUUUCGGAGGGGAAAUAAAACACGCAUUGCUCUUGCAGGAAACGAGUGAAGAGCACUAUUUCGGAGAAGAUGCUUGCCGGAAAUGUUUGAAUUCUGAGGGAAAGUAAGGCAAGUUGUUGUGUUAGUCGGUUCAUAGAUUCAGUGAAAUUUUAAACUGCGCGAGGAAGACAGGGUAUGCACAUAAACAUAGACGCACGCAAAAAGCGCAGACUUUCAACUGGCUUUAUUUUGUGAAGGCAGGGAAUUUAUAAGGUUCUACAAAAUUGAAAAACAAGGAACAAUCGCGAUGAAAUUGUGCACGAGGCAGGGACAAAAAAUAGCAAGGCCACCGUGUGCAUUGAGCGCGCGGGAGAGUCUUAAUGCGCCCAUCUUAGAAAUAUGUUUCCUUCCUUCGUAGUGAUAAAGAGGGUGCGCUGACGCAGUUGCCACCCGUUUUACCAAUGUGGAAUGCCUGGAUGGCUUCUUUGUUUUAGAUUGUGUCUUUGAAAGAAAUUUAGCCUGUUCCCGAUACGACAGACAGCUUUUGCUGUCGCAUCUUUUGCAGUGCAAGUGGAGUGUGCACUGCAAGAGCGUGAACUUCAAUGAGCGUGCACAGGAACACAAAACGAUCCAUGCGCACCGGCACGGGCAGUAAUCUUCCUUUUGUAGGGAUGAUGUACGGUUGAUGUAGCGGGGUGCAUAGCCCCCGAGAUCGCUGAACGCGUGACAGUUCUUGUGUGUUUGUGAUCAUGGCGGCUGUUAUCGUCAGAUCCACAGUGCGAUAUGUAAAUUUC